AUGACUGACAUUUUCGUCGGUUGUAGCCCAACGAGUAUCAUGAAGGCAGGCUGGUGUUUAGUCUUGGGUUUGUCACUUAUGUUCGGUCUGGGAGAUUGUCGUAAAUAUUGUUAUGACACUCUCAACUUUACCACCAAGGUGGAUCAUUUCGGGUACGCCAACAAUGACACCUUCGAGAUGCGGUAUCUCUUCUCUGACCAGUUUUGGAACCCUAAUGUAGGUCCUAUUUUCUUUCUGGUCGGCGCUGAAGGGGACAUAGAAAGCGAGGCAAGACCGACGGGUCUGAUAUGGGAAUGGGCAGCGGAAUUCAAAGCCCUGGUCAUUUUUGCGGAGCACCGCUACUAUGGACAUUCCAUGCCCUACGGAGAACGAUCCUAUCAGGGCCCGAGAUAUCACGGAUACUUGACAGCAGAACAAGCCUUGGCAGAUUAUGCUGAUUUGCUGAUGCAUAUCAAGGCAAACGUACCAGGGGCGGCAAAGAGCAAAGUAGUUUCGUUUGGGGGAUCCUACGGCGGUAUGCUUGCAGCGUGGUUCCGUAUGAAGUACCCUCACGUGACUGAAGCUGCCCUGGCGUCCAGCGCUCCCAUUUUGAUGUUUACGACCCCCCGGACGCCCUGCAACAAAUUUGCAAACGUAACUACAAAAACGUUCGCAAAGGUCUCAGGUCGCUGCGUCGAAGCUAUUCGGAAAUUUUUCGGAGUCAUGAAAAAGAUGGCAGCCACAGAGCAAGGUGCCAAGACCCUGCAACAGCAGCUUCAUCAGUGCCAUCCCGUGGAUGCGAAAAAGUUCCUGGACCUGAGGGAAAAAUUUAGUGGCAUUUAUAUGUUAGCGGCCACGAGAAACUACCCACGGGGUAUAAACAGGACAAGCCCCGUAAAGACGAUUUGUAGCUUUUUGAACAGGACGUUCAGUGAUGACAUUGAACUUCUGCAAGCUAUCUACAAAGGCGUCAAAGGUCAAAUCAAACCAAACUGCUCCUCGAAUCAAAAGAACGUCAACCUCGGAGCGAGCUACCAACUAUGCAACGAAAUGGUAUGGCAUUUUUGCACCAAUGGUAAGACGGACAUGUUCUAUGACAGUCCCUUGAAUUUAACGGACGACAUAAAAGAAUGCCAAGAGAAGUACGGACUAACGCCUGAUGUGAACAAGACUCUGUUGAUGUUCGGUGGAAAGAACAUCUUGACGGCUUCAAAUAUUAUCUUUAGGUCAGGAUGGAAACUGAAUCCCGACAGCAAAUGGGUCAAGGUUGAGAAUGCGGAGUUCCACAGCGAUGAAGAUGGACCUCCAGAGUUUAAAGGGCAACAAGCAGGACUAGGUGUGCAGAUUUAA